CUUCUUAUUUCCGGAAAACCUCGCUUUCCACAUAAUUAAAAAGAAAAACUCACAUGUGUUUAAAAAAAUAAAUAUUUUAUGUGGUGCUAAAAAAAAUAAGAAAAAAAAACAUACCAACCAACGCUAUGGAGCGUUGCAUCCACAACAACACCACCAGCUAGAGGAGCUGGUUGGUGUCUGUGUGUGUGUGGAGUGCCAACUACCGUUAUCAUCAUUGACAAGGAAAAGGAGAAAGAAGAGCCAACAUAAUAGCUAAAAGUUUUCCUCGAAAGACAACGUCAAGUGCAGUUUUUUGGCCAAAAAACCAACAAAAAAAAUAAAGCGGAAGCUGCGAUAAUAACCAAACAGCUAAGAAGUAACAGCAACAAGGACGAAGGACGAAAAAUCACACAUCAAAUAGCCUGCAACAAAAUGAGGCACCGAGCAACAACAGAGAUAGCGAUAGUCCGCAACAGGAGACAGUCGGCGCUAAAUAUUUGGCACUUUUUUCUGAUAGCUCUGACAGCAUUGAGCUCCUCGACCAUCCUGGCCGACGAGUCGAUCGACACACGCGAGAAUGCCGACCUGACCCUCAAGUGUCGCUUUAAUGACAAGUACGAUUCGAAUGAUUUCUCCUUCUUCUGGACCCGUUCGAUUGCGAAUCCGGCCCAGUUCGAUAACGUGGCCAUUGGCGAUGUGCAGUUGAGUUCCGGCUAUAGACUCGACUUUCAUCCGGAGCGCGGUAUCUACGAUCUCCAGAUCAAGAAUGUCUCGUACAAUCGAGAUAAUGGUCGCUUCGAGUGCCGCAUCAAGGCCAAGGGAACUGGAGCGGAUGUCCAUCAGGAGUUCCACAACCUCACCGUUCUGACGCCACCCCAUCCACCCGUGAUCUCGCCCGGAAACAUAGCCGUGGCCACCGAAGACAAGCCCUUGGAGCUGACCUGCAGCAGUAUUGGCGGUUCUCCCGAUCCCACCAUAACUUGGUAUCGCGAUGGUUCCAAUUCCCCACUGCCAUCUACUGUGCUGAGGGGCGGCACCAAGGAUCAGCCCACAAAUGCCACCUUGACGAUAACUCCUCGCCGGGAAGACGAUGGAGCCAAGUACAAGUGUGUGGUGAGGAAUCGGGCCAUGAACGAGGGAAAGCGUCUGGAAGCCACUGCCACUUUGAAUGUUAACUAUUAUCCCCGCGUCGAGGUUGGCCCCGAGAAUCCUUUGCGGGUGGAACGUGACCGGACUGCCAAGCUGGAGUGUAACGUGGAUGCCAAGCCCAAGGUGCCGAAUGUCCGUUGGACACGAAACGGUCGCUUCAUCAGCUCCUCGCUGGUUCAUACCAUUCAUCGGGUGUCGGUGCAGGAUGCCGGCAAGUAUACCUGCAGUGCGGACAAUGGCCUGGGCAAGACCGGAGAGCAGGAGCUCAUCCUGGACGUUCUCUAUCCGCCGACGGUGGUCAUCGAGUCGAAGACCCGCGAGGCCGAGGAGGGCGAAACCGUGACCAUUCGCUGCAAUGUGACCGCCAAUCCCUCGCCCGUGACCAUUGAAUGGCUGAAAGAAGGCGCCCCCGACUUCCGAUUCAGCGGCGAUGUGCUCACCCUGAAUUCCGUGCGGGCGGAACAUGCCGGAACGUACGUCUGCCGGGCCGUCAACUGGAUGCACAGUCAGGGCCAGGAGAGGAGUGAGCGCGUCGGCAACUCCACGGUGGCUCUGCUGGUGCGACAUCGUCCGGGCCAGGCUUACAUCACCCCCAAUCGUCCUGUGGUGCAUGUGGGCAACGGAGUGACCCUCACCUGCUCGGCCAACCCGCCGGGAUGGCCGGUGCCGCAGUACAGAUGGUUCCGCGACAUGGACGGCGAGUUCUCCAGCACCCAGAAGAUCCUGGCCCAGGGACCCCAGUAUUCCAUUCCCAAAGCCCACCUGGGCAACGAGGGCAAGUACCACUGCCACGCCGUGAACGAGCUGGGCAUUGGCAUGAUGGCCACCAUUGUCCUGGAGAUCCACCAGCCGCCCCAGUUCCUGGCCAAGCUGCAGCAGCACAUGACCCGCCGAGUGGGAGACACCGACUACACAGUGACCUGCAGCGCCAAGGGCAAGCCGGCGCCGAGUGUCAAGUGGCUGAAGGACGGCGUCGAGAUCCAGCCCGACCAGAACCUGUACGAGGUGCAGACCAAUCCCGACCAGGGCCUCAACGGCAUGGUCACCGUCCAGAGUCAGUUGAAGUUCCGCGGCAAGGCCCGUCCUAACGGCAACGCCCUGGUGCCCGGGGAUCGCGGCCUGUACACCUGCCUCUACCAGAACGAAGUCAACUCUGCCAACUCGUCCAUGCAGCUGAGGAUCGAGCACGAGCCCAUCGUCCUCCACCAGUACAAUAAGGUGGCCUUCGACAUCCGGGAGACCGCCGAGGUGGUCUGCAAGGUGCAGGCCUACCCGAAGCCGGAGUUCCAGUGGCAGUUCGGCAACAACCCAUCGCCCCUGACCAUGUCCUCGGAUGGACACUACGAGAUCAGCACCACCACCGACAACAACGACAUCUACACCUCCAUCCUGAGAAUCAACUCGCUGACCCACUCGGACUACGGAGAGUACACCUGCCGGGUGGUCAACUCCCUGGACACGAUCCGAGCUCCCAUCCGGCUGCAGCAGAAGGGACCGCCGGAGAAGCCCACCAACCUGCGGGCCAUCGAUGUCGGCCACAACUACGUCACCCUCAGCUGGGACCCCGGCUUCGAUGGCGGCUUGAGCAAGACCAAGUUCUUCGUCAGCUACCGCCGUGUGGCCAUGCCCCGCGAGGAGCAACUGAUCCCCGACUGCGCCACUCUGGCCAACUCGAACUCCGACUGGGUGGAGGUGGACUGCCAGCGGGACAUUCCCUGCAAGGUUACCUCGCUGGAGCAGCACCAGAGCUACGCCUUCAAGGUCAAGGCAUUGAACCCCAAGAGCGGAUCACCCUACUCCAAUGAGAUCCUGGUCACCACCAAGGUCAGCAGAAUUCCCCCGCCUCUCCAGGUCACCUACCAGCCGAGUACCCGCAUUCUGGGCAUCGAUGUGGGCGCCACCUGCCUGUCCCUUGUGGCCGUGGUGGAGUCCCUGGUGAAUGCCAACACCCCGAUGGCGUCCUGGGAAGUAGUGGCCACGCUGGACCAACUGCAACUGUCCGGAAACGGACCCACCCACAAGGAUCAGGAAAUUGAUCGCCUGAACGGACUGAACCGACAGACCGGAAGCCGGGCCCUGGGUCUUCCCAAUCCGGACGACGAGGACAACAGCCUGAACACCCUGGCCCUGGAGGACGAGAACAAGCCCACCGUGCGGGUCAAGCUGUGCCUGAGGUCGAACAUGGAGCACUGUGGAGGCUAUACCGAUGCCGAGGUUGGAGGUCCUUUCAUAGCGGAGAGCAGUGUGGCCACGCCCACCUUGAUUGCCAUCAUCGUGUCCUGCAUCGUAUUCGCCCUCUUCGCCGGCCUGAUCCUGAUGUUCUGCCGCUGCAAGAAGAACCAGUCGAAGAAGAGCGCCGCCGCCAAGGACUACGAAAUGGACUCGGUUCGGCCCUCCAUCGUGGCCGCCCAGCAGAACCAGGCCCCGCCCCCGUACUACCCCGCCUCUGGCCUGGACAACAAGGCCCUGGAGCACUCGAUGGAUCUCGCCCUGAGCAUGGAGGAGCAGAAGACGGCUCUGUAUGCCGCCCAGAACGGCUACAGCUAUCACCCGGGCAGUGGAGUGGUCGGCGUGGGUCUGGGAGGCGGAGGCGUGGGAGUCGGCGUGGGUGGCAGUGUGGUUAGCGGUAUGGGUGUGGGCGGAGGUGUCGGCGUGGGAGGAAUCGGCGGCAGUGGCGUUGGCGUCAAUGGACUGAUGCCCCCAAUGCCAGGAAAUGAAUGGGUCAACAUGGGCUACAUGGAGAACAACUACUCGAACUCGAACAAUGGCGGAAGUGUCAACUCGCAGGACUCGUUGUGGCAGGUGAAAAUGUCGGCCGCGGCUGUGGGUGCCCAGCAGGGUCUGGUCCAGGCGCCAAUGAAUCAAUAUGUGGAACAGCAACCCGCCUACGGAUACGAUCCUCUCACCCACGGUGGUUAUGGGGCGGUCGAUGACUAUGCCCCCUAUCCCCAUCUCACGGCCACGCCCAGCCAGGUGGGCGAUGAGUACCAUAAUUUGCGCAACAGCCAGAAUCCGUCCCGGCAGGACUACUGCAGUGAUCCCUAUGCAUCUGUGCAGAAGCCGAAGAAGCGAGUCGACCAGCAUUUAGAUUCACCAUAUCACGACGUAAGCGGCCUGCCCAAUCCCUACAACAUGGAGCACAUGGAACAGGACGAGGUCCUGCCGCCCCAGCAGCACAUGUCCCUGAGCUACGACGACAGCUUCGAGGGCGAAUAUUCGACAACGCCGAAUGCCAGGAACCGUCGCGUCAUACGCGAAAUUAUUGUCUAGGAAAUUCUAGUUCGAAAUGAGAAGUUAUCGGAUCAGCACACCCAAUAUUCUACCACUCUCACACGCUAAAUUCCAUUAUUAUCAUCAUCGUACUCAUUCAUUCAUCGUUUCUGGAUCUAAUAUUUUGUUUUUAUUUUAUUUACUCGGACUUCCAGCUACCUUCUUGACUGGAGGAAGCAGAAGGAGGAGGUUUUUUAAAAAGUGGCCAUUUUGAAUACUUUUUUUUAAUAUAAAUAAUAAUUUGAUGUAAGCUUAGGUUUGAGGUUUUUGACGACGAACGAACGUGUGUUGAGUUUUAUUGGCAACGAACGAGAUAUUCGCAUAGAUACCAUAAUACCCUAGGCAUUAGAGUUCCGAUCUAUCAUCGCUCUAGUUCAGCACUUUGUUGACACAAACACGCCACUGACAAAAAACUGAACGAAAAAUAAACAAGAUAUACACACACGGAUAAAAGCAUCACUGGACGAGCACUAAAUGUUACGAUUUACCAGGUACCAUAGGGCUAAAAAGUAGGUUAUAUUAAAGGUCAUCUAGGUCCCAGUUGCAACAAACGAACUUUAAACUUUAAGGCAUCAAAUGUUGAAAGGAGCGGAAUUUCAAAAAACAAAUCUCACACUUCACAUAGUCUAAGGUUAAUUAACUCUUAAGUGAUUCUUGAAGUGGUUCUGUGCGAUCUUCUCAAUAGGGCUCUGAGCUAUAUCUCCACCGAUAUAGCCAAUAUUUUCGCAAUAACCGCCCUAGCACAGUCCAAAUAAAAAAAAAUUCAAAUAAAAUAC